AUGACAACUCACGCCGAACCUACCGCGAAGGAGAGGAAGUACGAUCGCCAGCUUCGACUAUGGGCAGCCAGCGGCCAGCAAGCUCUAGAGUCCUCUCGAGUGCUUCUUAUAAAUUCCGAUGGCCCGGUAGAUAGCGACGGCUCUGGGCUGGCUGGUGUUGUGGGCGUCGAAACCCUGAAGAACCUCGUCCUGCCCGGAAUAGGCGGAUUCACGAUUGUUGAUCCUGCAACUGUCUCUGAACCGGAUCUAGGGGUAAAUUUCUUCUUGACUGAAGACAGUCUGGGUAAAUCUAGGGCAGAGGAGACGUGCAAAUACCUCCGGGAAUUGAAUGAGGAUGUUGACGGGGCGUCUUACUCACUGCCACUUUUAGAUGUCCUUGAGGAUGAAAGCUUUCUUCCCCGGCACCAGCUUGUCAUCGUCUCUGGGCCUAUGAAGCAGUCCACACUUCAAAUUAUAUCACAAGCUACAAGGCGUCUUGAUAUUCCCCUCAUUUAUACACACUCAGUAGGGUUCUAUGCAUCAUUUUCACUCCAACUUCCGUCCGUUUUCCCCGUAGUCGAGACACAUCCAGAUACCAGCUCCACCGAAGACCUUCGUCUAACGGACCCGUGGCCAGAGCUCGCAGCGGCGGCUAGAAAGGCGGAGAAUUUGGACAGCAUGGACGAUCACCAGCAUGGACAUGUACCAUAUUUAAUACUUUUGCUACACUUUCUAGAGAAGUGGAAGGCCAGCCAUGACGGACAGUGGCCCCAGAAUUAUCGCGAAAAGUCUGAAUUUAGGGACAUGGUUAAAUCUAUGUCCCGCACUAAUAACUCUGAAGGAGGCGAGGAAAACUUCGAUGAGGCUGUGGCAGCUGUUUUAAAGAGCAUUGGCCCUUACUCUCUAAGCAGUGAUUUGCGCAGUGUUUUUGAGAUGGAAGAGUGCUCACAGUUAACAAGUAGCUCGUCUAGCUUCUGGAUAAUCGCAUCGGCGGUCAAAGAGUUUUAUGAGACGCAUGCCGUUUUACCCUUGUCCGGUUCACUACCAGAUAUGAAGGCUCAGUCUGCGGAUUAUAUCUGGCUACAAAACAUUUACAAGUCAAAGGCUCGAAAAGAUGCUGCUGAGGUCUUAGCCACUGUUCGGAAUUUGGAGAGCAAACUGCGAACCGACCUAGCGGGUGCAGCUGUAUCCGAUAAGGAGGUUGAAACUUUCUGCAAGAAUGCCGCUCACAUCAAAGUGAUCAGGGGCCGUGAUAUCCCGAUUUUACCUCUGACAGAUAAAAGUGAGGAGUCGACACGGACACUCGAUACAAUUAAAAGUAGCCUUUCAAAUCCUGACUCACUUGUUCCCAUAUUUAUCGCUCUCAGCACCCUCGAUAGCCUGGUAACGGAAUUUCAAGAAAAGGGCUAUUUAUCGACAACAGAUGGGCAGUCGUACCUUGAAAACCCCAAUAAUUGGACAACUGCGCUUUCCAAACUCCUUGCUGGCCUUGGACUGGGUGAAGGUGGCGUAUAUGAAAGUGACGCUGAUAUCAAGACCCGGAUUGAGUCAGCGGUCUCGGAAGUACAACGAGCGGGAGCUGGCGAGCUUCAUAAUAUUUCCGCCAUGGCGGGAGGCUGCGUCGCCCAGGAAGCUCUCAAAGUGCUCACCAGGCAAUAUGUACCCCUUGACAACACCUUCAUACUUGACGGAGUAAGAUCGCGGGGAGAAAUGUUCAGGCUUUGA